AUGGCAUUACCUGUAGUGCGAAGUCUAGCCGAAUGCGCAGUGUACAACAACACCGUCGCUCCUUAUGUCUUCCAACUUCAUUCCUUACCCGAGGUGUUUGUUCAGUCCUGGACCAAUGUUCCUGCGCUAAAACAAUUGUAUCUCGACACAAACCCUCUCGUCUCAGCCGUUGCUUUCUCGGUGGCUAUCUCACCUGUCUUUCUGGUAGUUUCGGAACUCAAUAAGAAUUAUUCGCAAGUUGACCGAGUCUGGUCUAUCCUUCCGACCUUUUAUAACCUCCACUAUGCCCUCUACGCCUCCCUGGCUGGACUGGACGCCACUAGAAUAGGCCUUGUUGCAGGAAUCAGCACAAUAUGGAGCAUGAGAUUGACAUACAACUACUAUCGCAAAGGUGGCUACGCAAUUGGCAGCGAGGACUACCGGUGGGCCAUCGUAAAAAGGCAGGUUGGACCUGAACUCUUUUUUCUUUUUAACAUCGUUUUCAUCUCGUUGGGACAAUCCCUGCUGUUGACCAGCAUUACCACACCCAGCUACGUGCUGCUUCUCGCCUCGAGAUACGCCACAUAUAAUUCGCAAGCAUCAGGUUUCGGCCUCGAAGAUUUUGUCGCAUCUAGUAUCAUGCUGAGCGCAAUUCUUGUGUCGUUUGUUGCCGACCAACAACAGUGGAACUUCCAGACAUCCAAGUCGAACUAUCGAACCAAUGCCAAAAUUCCUCCUGGUUACACACAAGAAGAACUGGAUCGCGGUUUCCUCACCAAAGGCCUUUUUGCUUACUCGCGACACCCGAAUUUCGCGGCAGAACAGACUGUAUGGGUCGGCCUCUACGUAUGGUCCUGUCUGGUGACGAGGACAUGGUACAAUUGGACCGGCAUUGGUGCAUUGUCAUAUCUAUCCCUCUUCCAGGCCAGUACCUGGCUUACAGAACUGCUCUCUGCACAGAGAUACCCGGAGUACAAAAUCUAUCAGCAGAGGGUUGGGAAGUUUCUCCCUUUUUCAACUACGCCUGGUUGGGCUUCCCAGAAGAAAAAGACAAAAAAUAUCGGGAACGGUCAAGCUAAGGACAGCGAGGUCGCUCAAGCGAGUCGGAGGUAUGCUCUGAGGUGA